GAGCGUCUCGACAGCGGACACGCGCUCUGUUGGUAGCAGGUUGCUAUGGUUACCGAGUCCUCCAUUAACUCCACAGAGUUUUUCCACUCACUUUCGCUUGGGAAAGUCCACAAGAUAUUAAAGUUAACGGUCUAUAAUGGAUUUUGGCGGCAAACUCGAAGAACUGAAUUUGACGCGCGAUGAAAUGAAUCGGUUAGGUGAAGCGCUGAAAGACGAUCGGUUCCGCGAGUUACUGAGCGAAUAUGCCGCAGAGAUCUCAGAUCCCGAGAACAAGAGAAGAUACGAGGAAGAAAUCACGCUGCUGGAGAAGGACAGAGGCAUGAACGUGCAGUUUAUUCACCCUGAAGGACAUCACGUGCUGAAGACACGCAGCGCGGGCGGGAAAAUCUUUAUCAACGUCUGCUCCAGUCAGCUGAUCGACCAACCGUCGUGUGAAGCAGCGAGAAACCGGGACGGAAAACCGGGUCAGAACUGGCGUUUACCGUUCAGUCUGACCCCGGGCAGAACGGACAGAGAUUCCGGCGGAAACAGCUGUGUGAUUUACGAUGUCGUUUUCCAUCCAGACGCGCUUUACAUGGCGGCAAAAAACGCGCGGUUUCUGAAGCUCAUCCACGGGACGGCUCUGGAUGGGAUCGAAGACUCUUUCCACAUCAAGCUCGACAAAGAUAAGAUAAAGCAGCUGAAGAUGAGGUAUAAAGGUGUUGCGCAUCCAGCUGUGAUCCGCACGCCUAUUCCUGGACACGAUCAGAAGAACCGGAGCACCUGUGAGGAGGACGUGAUGUCAUUUCCAUAUCCAGAUGAGAAUCAAACCGCACCAGAACCCAAAUCCUCCUCAAGCCAAAGUCCAGAAGACAAACAGCCCAUCACACCUCAGUACACCUUAAAAUACAGAUCAGUCGUCGAUUUGCAAGAUUACCGGUGCUCCAGAGAUUCGGGGCCCGGGGCCCGACCCAGAGAGAUCGUCAUCACCGUCGACGUACCGCUGCUAAGAUCGGCACAGGACGCGGACCUCAGUGUGACGGAGCGACGCCUCGUCCUGGAGGCUCCAGAACCAGCGUACCGACUGGAGCUUCCUCUCGCGUAUCCGGUGGAUGAAGAUAAAGGAGAUGCAAAGUUCAACAAAACUAAGAAACAGUUGACAAUCACUCUUCCCGUCCGGCCCGUGAAAACCCCGCAGAUCAGCUUCGACGAGAUGAAGAGUAACGCCAAUGAUCAGGAAGCAGUUCUGGAGCCGGAUCACACAGAACCGGAGCGGUGCGAUACUGACGCUUUACAGCGUUCACCAGACAGGUUUCCUUUAGCAUCCGAGCCUCAAUUAAUCGAUUUAACGACAGAACCUCAGACACACAAGAUGAGCAACGAUCUAAUCAUCAACCCAACGGAGAACCGGACAGAACCUCAGGAACCAGAACCAGAUCGGUCUGUAGAAGUGGUCCCAAACAAUGAAGAUGAAAUGAACAUCAAUCGAGCAGUUGACUCCUCAUCAGAUACAAGCUCCGUCAGUGAAUCUAUCCGUCUUCACGGUCCAGAUGAAAAGAGGGCAAACCCAGAGAGUGACGCUACUGCGGUCCUUCAGACAGAUGAUAACGCUCUGAUUCAUCAGCAAACCAGCGGCUCAGAGACGCCAGCGAACCAGCAGCUGAAUCCACCCAUGAACUCUUCUCAGGAAGCUGAAAAGCCGAAGCGCUCUUCAGAAGACUGCGAGAGCAAUGUGACCGAGCGACUUAUGGAGGACGCUGGGAUACGGUCAGAGGAACCAGCGGUUUUGAGAGAGACCGACCCAGUCGGCAGUCACAUGACCUCGGCCACCCUGAGCUUCCAGAACUCUCUGCGGUUUGAUUUGGACUAAACAUCAAAUUAAUUUAUGGUUUAUGUUCUUGGAAAGUCUAGUUUUCAUUGUAGUUCAGAGAUGCUGAAUAAAGUUUAAAUUUGGAGUAAAAUAGAAA